AUGUACAUUUGUAAUUUAUCCUUAUCCUAUUAUACGUCCAAAGAUUCGCUUAUUCUUUCAACAAAUACUGGCCGUGUACGUGGUUUUGAUUCUUACUUCCGUCUAACAAAUUCAUCACAUCUGUAUCAUGUUCGUUCGUGGCUUGGUAUUCCAUUUGCUAAACCACCUGUCGGCUCCCGCCGUUUCAAAGCACCGGAGCGUGUUGAUCCCUGGCCGGGAAUUCUCGAUGCGACACAUCUGCCAGCGACAUGUUGGCAAACCGAACAGAUCAUUUACAAUCUCGAAGCCGAAAAAAUGUGGUCACCGAAUACAAACUGCAGCGAAGAUUGUCUGUAUUUGAAUAUCUGGGUACCAGUUACAAGUACGCCUGUUAGACCAAUGGCAGUUCUAGUUUGGAUCUAUGGUGGAGCAUUUGUUACUGGUUCGAGUACAUUAGAUGUUUAUGAUGGGCGCAUUUUAGCUGUUAAAAACGAUGUAAUCGUAGUUUCAAUGCAGUAUCGAUUACAAAGUUUAGGAUUUUUGUUUCUUGAUCGAGCUGAUGCACCAGGUAAUCAAGGAUUAUACGAUCAAGUCCUCGCUCUCGAAUGGAUUCAACACAAUAUCGGCUAUUUCGGUGGUGAUAGUCAACGAAUAACUUUAUUCGGUGAAUCAGCAGGUGCUGUGGCUGUUGGCUUUCAUCUGUUAUCUCCACGUAGUCGAUCAUUAUUUGCUAGUGCGAUUCUUCAAAGUGGUGGACCGACGUGCAGUUGGGCAUUUAUAACAGCGGAAGAAGCACGGCGACGUUCAAAAAAGUAUCUCUUUGAAUUUUACUCGUUAGUAACGAAACGUUUGUUAAAAGAGGAAUUUCAGCACGAACGAGAAUUAAUUCCUGAAGUUUGCAAACGAGGUGUCGAUGUUGUUAACACUGAAAUCAUGUUCGAAUGCGCUGCUAAUUAUCCGAUAUUUGAUGAAGAGCACUAUGCUUACAUAACCAAUGCCGAAUAUACCAUUGUCGAUGGUGGUCCAAUGUUCUUCCUAUUGAUGCCUGUCAUUGAUGGAACGUUUCUACCAGAUAAUCCGAUCACAAUGUUGAAAACCGGCAAUUUUAAGAAAUGUCCACUGUUACUAGGAGCAAAUCGUGACGAAGGUUCGUAUUUUCUGGUUUACGCUCAAGGUAACGAUAAAACACCAGGCAAUGCUCUACCCGAUGUAACCUACGCGACAUUUCUCAAACACCUGGAAUUAUACUAUAAUUAUAUUCCAUCAUAUCCAUUCAAAACACCCCGUGUGAUUCUCCAAUCAUUAAUUCAAAAAUAUACUGAUUGGAGUGGUUGGUCAGAUAAUAUACGAAAUGCAGUUAUCUUAAGUCAUGCGGUUGGCGAUGCGUAUUUCACAUGUCCAACCAUCGCUGUUGCCAAUGCAUAUGCCAAUCAAAAUUUGCGUGUUUAUUUUUAUCACUUCAUAGCUCGAUCGUCGGUUAGUGAUUGGCAUGCAUGGACAGGCGUAAUGCACGCUGAUGAAAUUAUGUUUGUCUUUGGUGAACCUUUCAAUAUAACUGAUAGUAAAUUGUAUACAGAAGAAGAAAUCGAACUAUCCGAAAGAAUCAUGGGCUAUUGGGCAAACUUUGCUAAAUACGGAAAUCCAAAUGGAUUAGUAAGCUCAGUGACUGGGAGCGAUUGGCCACUUUAUACGUAUCCCGAGCGUGAACACAUUAUACUUGACGUAGUCAAUAAAUCCACUGGUGUUGCGCAUCGAGCGGACUAUUGCGCAUUCUGGGAGCAUUACAUUCCGAUAUUAUUAGAAGAGUUCGAACGGUGCGUUAUUCAGGGUCAAUCAUCGACUGUAUCAGCGCUGAAUGAAACAUCUUCAUGCUCAUCACCAACGACUAGUUUAAUUUUACUCUGGAUUUUUGUCUUAUUUAUCAUUGACAUGAAAUCAUUAAUUUAUUAA